UUCUUCGUUGCCAGGGAAACCGCCUGGCCUUCAAAACUCAGCAGAAUGGAGAAGAACAAAAUCACAAUGAAAUCCAGUGUUGCGGCUUCUAAUCUUCUGCGAGCACUCCAUUCUCUCUAUCAGUUUGGUCACUUCUGUGAUGUGACCGUUCACACAAACUGUCCUGGAAGCCAAGAGGACUUUUCCGUUCACAAAGCUGUCCUGGCAGCUUCCAGCAAUUACUUUAAAAGCUUGUUCCUCAAAGACGAGACACCGAAUGCCAAGAAUUGCAGCGUGAUGCUCCAGGACAUCAGCGCUGAAGAAUUUGUCUUCUUCCUGAAGUUUGUUUACACAACAGAAGUAGAAAUCGAAGUGGACAAACUGCGGCGGUUGAAGGCAGUGGCUGAAAGAUUGGAAUGCAAGGACCUGCUUGAUGCAUUGGAAGAAAUGAAGGCGGAGGACCCAAAAGAGUUGGAUUUGAGGGUUCCUUUGAAAAGGUCUGAAAGAUCUCUGUGGAACCAGGCUGAGCAAAAAGGAGGCCAGGAACAGAGCGAUUCGUCCCAAAUUUUGGCAACACCUAUGAAGAGAAACCUUUGGGACAGAAAAGCAUCAACUAGCUAUGACUUCACUGGUAGUAAAUUCGGACAAUUAGACCAAGAUGGGGUAGCUGUUAGUGAGGCUAAAGAUGAGAAGGUAUCAUCAGGCAGACAUUACAAGGGAGAGAAGCGCAAGGGUCAUAACACAGACAGUGUUGCCCAGGAAGAAAACAAACGUUUAAAUCAGGAGGACUCAACUUGCGCAAUGAGCAAGAUUCUUCCCAGCAGGGUGGGGGAUGAAAACGGUUUGAUUCUUAGUGGAGGCAAGCUUAGAAAAUCACCACGCAGCAUAUCCAAAGUCUUGCCGCAAACCUAUGCGUGUGACAUGUGUGACCGCUCCUUCCGCUUUGCCAAGCAGUACCAGUCACACAGGGAAGUGGAGCAUGACCAAAACCUGGCUGUUAAGUAUAGAUGCCAUGUGUGUGGCCAGCUCUUUGCCAGUUGCCAAGACCUAAAAGAGCACAGGCUCGCCGUUCACAAUCACAAGCGGCGCUUCCCCUGCUUGUUGUGCGACAAAAAAUUUCAGCGCCAGAAAGAUAUCGGUGAUCACGUCCGGAGAGCGCAUGAAAAGAAGCAGAGCCCUCCAAGGUGCCCCUACUGCGACAAGGUCAUCAGCUCCAAAUGUGGCCUGACGGUUCACAUUCGAACGCACACGGGAGAGAAGCCUUAUAAAUGCGGAUGCUGCCCGGCAAGCUUUGCUCAGAGGUCUACCUUUAAUACUCAUGUGAGAAAAAUACACGAAUCUGGGCAAGACCGGAAACCCGUGCCAGGUUGCUGGGUGGCAGUGUCACCAGCAGACAGAGCUGAUAUGGCUGACCGUGGAUUUGAUAUGACUAACAAAGCAUGUGUCGAGGUACCAAAUAUUGAUCCGCAAAGAGAAUCCAUGGGUGAAAAAACAGGGGUGCUUGAGAGAGGAUCUAGGAGUUCUUCUGCUGUAGAAGCAGAGUCUGGCGAUAAGGAAGACAGGCGGCAGCAAUGUGAUGAAUCUAGCAUUAAUAAGGGAAAUGUUGCAAUGAUUGUUAACGGAGAAGAGGGAGGGGAUCGUGACAACAGAGAUCAUGAGGCUGUCUCUUUAGAUGAUGAUGACGAUGAUGGCUUGAACAACCACCAUGAAGAAGAAGAAGAAAACGAAAUGGACAAGUGCAAAGUGAGGAAAGGAAACAAAAACAAGGUAGAAAGUAAAUUGGCAUACAUUAUCACAUGUAAUGAAUGUGCCGAGAAAUUUGUAUCGCGUAAAAAAUACGUGGACCAUUGCAAAGAUGUCCAUCAUGCUUUGCCUGGGAAAGCAUAUCAGUGUGACAUUUGCAGCAAGUCUUUUGCAAGCUACAACAGCUGGAAGGAGCACAGGGCAUGCGUCCACACAGAAGACAGGCAGUUUGCCUGCACACUCUGCAAUGCUGCCUUUAAAAGGAAGAGGGACGUGAGGACGCACUACCUGCGGAAGCACGAAGGGCGAGUGAAGCGUCCCUUGUGCUCCGUCUGCGGGAAGAUCUUGAGUUCGAGGACAGCGCUGGUAUUUCACAUGAGAACUCACACUGGGGAGAAGCCGUACCAGUGCGGCAUCUGCUGCUCGAGAUUUGCUCAGCCAUCACAGCUGAAGAUUCACACCAGGUCGCAUACAGGCGAGAAGCCAUAUAUUUGUGAGGAAUGUGGAGCAUGUUUUGCAGACAAAGGCAAGCUGAACGGUCACAAGAGGACACAUACGGGAGAGCGUCUCUUUAAAUGUGAUGUGUGUGGAAAACAUUUUGCCACCAACGAAUACCUAAAAUGUCACAAGCGCUGCCACAUGGGAGCCAAACCAUAUAAGUGUGACGUCUGUGGGAAAACUUUUGGACUGCGAGCCUCAUUAGCCCAACACAGUAAUGUUCAUGCAGAGACCCCUCCUUAUUUCUGUGAGCAGUGUGGGAAGACCUUCACUCAGCAAGGAGCUCUGAGACGUCACCAGCGAAUUCACACUGGAGAAAAGCCGUACAAAUGCAGGGCUUGCGAGAGAACUUUCACUGACAUGUCCACUUUGAGGAGGCAUGUGCUGGUCCAUGAUCGGAAUGCUCACUGGAGGAGUUUCUUAAUAGAUCUAACUAUCAAAAAAGAUCAUAACUGGUCCAAAAUAGAGACUUUGUCUAACAUCUGUAUGGGAGAGGACUCUGCACCAGUUUGGUCAGGUACACAAAGUAAAGAUUAUAAGCCAGAAAGUGGGGGUGUCAAAAAGGCAGAACACGUGUCAUGUAACAGUGACGUAAGAGAGACUGACCGUUCUCUGAUGUAUUUAUAACUCUCAGAAAGCAAGGGCGUAAGCAUUCCUCGUGCAUUCCUCCUGUGCGAACUUUCUGCAUCGGCCCACAUACUCUACGGAUCAGUCAUGCAGGCAGUUCAGCGUCCCCCAAAGUGAGGCACGGGCUGGACUCAACGCUUGUUGUGGAAUUGCUCAUUGAUACAAAGCCCUGUUUUCGAGCUUGGAGACAGAUCCUGUGGGGCCAGUUUCA